GAUAAAGUUAUUUUAGUUGGAAACUUGCGUAAUGAUCAAAGGAAAAUGAUAUGUGACCAUUACCAAGAAAAUCCGGCAAUUACUCAGAAGGAACUCGCGGAGUGGGCCAAAGAUGAAUUCAAGCUAGCAAAAGCCCCUGGCCAAAGUACAAUUUCUGACAUUUUAAAGAGAAAAGAUGAGUUCAAUAAAAUGUCAUCAGCUGACCUUGGAAUUAAAAAGCGUCGUAUCAUUAUGUUCCCUGAGCUAGAUACUGCUUUGGCGAACUGGGUACUACAGUGUGAACAUCGGGCUGUACGUUUGAAUGGAGACAUGAUUAAAGCGAAAGGUAAAAGGUUAGCAGAUCUAAUGGGGAUCUCUGAGAGUGAUCAGCCUGAAUUUUCAAAUGGGUGGUUGCAGGCUUUUCAAGAGAGACAUAAUUUUCGUCAUUUUAAAUUGCAUGGCGAGAGUGGUUCCGCUGACGUUGCUGUCAUAAACCUAAAACUUCCCGAUAUCAUUAAUACCACUAAUCAGUAUUCCCUUUGUGAUAUUUACAACAUGGACGAGACUGGCCUAUUCUAUGCUAUGGCUCCUGACCGUACAAUUGCAUCUCGCCAAAUUGAAGG